AUGGAGAAACCAGAAAAAAAUGAAAUCACUUAUGAAUAUAUAAGGAAGAGAAAAGAGUUUGGAAAACAAACUUUAUUCGAAGAUUAUGGCCCUGAAAUGUGUGUCAGUAUUCCAUGCAAUCCUAGUCAGUAUAAAAAUUAUAUACUACGCAAUCCUGUACAUGUCGCCGUACAAAAUGCUCCAAAUAUGUCCGAAAACUGGGUUAAUUCAACAAGUUAUAGGGCGGAGUAUACAAGUUCAGGUAUAAACCAUGUCGAAGGUGGCUGGCCUAAGGAUAUAAACAUGAAUGACCCUGAAGCCAAACAACGAUAUCGUCGUAAGAUAGAAAAGGACGACGCAUACAUUCAUGCUGUUAUGCACCUCGGACAUAGUAUGGAGCAUAACAUAUUACAAAACAAUGCGGUAGAUAUGUAUCAGAUAUAUUAUUCGGAAUUGCCAUCAAUACCGCCGGUGGAAAGGAGCAGCUGUCACACGGUGAAUGUAUACCGCGAGCCGGGAGCGCGGCGGCCUGUGCGCUCGCUGUCGUGGCAGGCGGACGGGGGCGCCAAGCUCGCGGUCGCGCACGCAGACAUCGAAGUACUCAAUACUAGAUCACUGCAGUUCUCUUAUAUAUGGGACAUAGGUAAUCCUUACUCAUUUAGCAACGCUCUCAAUAUCUUGAUAAGCAACUGCAGUCUAGUAACCUCUCAUUUAUCUAAAUCUAACUCUAAAUGUUAUCCUAAGUGA